CCGCCGCUGCUGCUGCUGCUCGUCCCGCUGCUGCCGGGGCUGCUGCUCGGCUCCCGCCUGCACGGUGCCUUAGCUGGACCAAUUCUCGUGGACCCACACGUGAUGGCAGUGUGGGGGAAGAACGUCACAUUGAAGUGUAUCAUCGAAGUGAACGAAACCAUCACCCAGAUCUCCUGGGAGAAGAUCCGGGGCAAAGGUGCCCAGACCGUGGCUGUCCAUCACCCUCAGUACGGAUUCUCGGUCCAAGGAGAAUACCAAGGGAGGGUCUUAUUUAAAAAUUAUUCACUCAACAAUGCAACCAUCGUCCUCAACAACGUAGGCUUCCCCGAUGCGGGAGAGUACAUAUGCAAAGCAGCUACAUUCCCACUAGGAAAUGCCCAAGCAUCCACAACAAUAACUGUGCUGGUUGAACCCACUGUGAGCCUAACAAAAGGACCAAACGCUUUAAUCGACGGGGGCAAUCAAACGGUAGCUGCCAUCUGUAUAGCCGCCACCGGGAAACCCGUCGCCCAGAUUGCCUGGGAAGGAGACCUCGGGGAGAUGGAAUCCAGUUCGACGACUUUUCCAAACGAGACUGUGACGGUUACGAGCCAGUACAGACUGACUCCGACCAGAUUUGCCCGAGGACGGCGGAUCACUUGUGUGGUGAAGCAUCCAGCUUUGGAAAAGGAGAUCCGUUAUUCCUCCAUGCUGGACAUACAAUAUGUCCCGGAAGUUUCGGUCACAGGGUACGAUGGAAAUUGGUUUAUUGGGAGAGAGAACGUUCAUCUCACGUGUAAUGCUGAUGCAAACCCACCCCCCACGGAAUUCACAUGGAGAAGGUUGGAUGGGCAAUGGCCCGAAGGUCUAGUGACGUCAAACAACACCCUACAUUUCAGCAGUCCCCUGUCUUACAACUACUCUGGGGUUUAUGUCUGUAAAGUGACCAAUUCCCUUGGUCAAAGAAGUGAUCAGAAGAUCGUCUACAUCCUAGAUCCUCCUUCUACUACCACCCUCCCGCCUACGAUACCGUGGCACCUCUCCACCGUGGACAUCCCAGGUGUAGCCACAGCGUCUAAAAAAUUGCCCUUCCCGCUGUCCACCCUGGCCAGCAUUCAGGAAGACACGCUGGGCACCAUCAUCGGUAGCGCCGUGGGCGGGGCCCUCUUCUUGAUCCUCAUCAGUGUCUUGGCGGGCGUCAUCUUCUAUAGGCGAAGGCGGACGUUCCGCGGCGACUACUUUGCCAAGAACUACAUCCCGCCGUCGGAUAUGCAGAAGGAAUCCCAGAUCGACGUGCUCCAGCCCGACGAGCUGGACUCCUACCCCGACAGCGUCAAGAAGGAAAUGAAACACCCCCACAACAACCUCAUAUGUAAGGAGAGCUCGGAAGAUCCCGACAAAACCGAGUGGAACAAUGGCGAGAGCCUCGGUAACCGGUACCAGGAGCGGUUUGAGAGACCGAUGGAUUAUUACGAAGACAUAAAGCUGGGCAUGAAGUACGUCGGCGAGGACUGCUAUGACGACAACGAAGACGACUUAGUUCCCCAGGUAGACGGUUCGGUCAUUUCCCGGAGGGAGUGGUACGUUUAGCCACCGCUGAAUGAAACCCGACUCUGCCGCAACGUGUCAUUUGUGUCGGUCGGUCAUUUUCAAAUCUGUCCCUCCUUUUUCUUGGGGAAGAAUAAGCUUUUUGAAGUUGAUUUUCAAGCUUACUUUUUGUACUCCAACUUGACCAAUGGAAAUGUCAGAUCUAGGUAAAAUGUAUCUGAGCUGCUCUACGUAUUUUUUUUUCAAUGCUAUACUACUGUCUCUCGAGAUUUGAAUAUUAACGCAGAGUACUUUAUUGGUCUGUGGCACAGGUAAGAACAGAAUGUUAAUUUAAAGUUAAUUGUAUGUUUUGGGGUAUAAAAAUUAAAAAAAAAAAAAGCAACCACCUUCUGCAUUGUGUAUUAAGUGUUGGCCUAAGACUGUCAUCUCAAGAACAAUCUUGGUAAAAACGGUACCUCUCGAUCUAGAACCUAGAAUUGCCUUCCUGUAAUGACACACAGGAAUCAAAUCUAAAACCUGUUCAAGGAAGGCUUAGAUAUUUGUUGAAAAAUCGAUUUCUUUCUUCCACGACCUGCAGCCUGGUGGAUCAUCGUUCCCUUUCCACGUUUUUAGUUCCUUAGGUUGUGUUCUGCACAAUGGACGAAUACCUCUGCUUUCUAAUGAGCCUCGCCGUAAAUACUGUAUAGCUGACUGUACUCUAGAAGGUUAUUUUGCGGCACUGAAACUUUUGCAAUAGACUUAAUGCACAAGGGUUUGCCCUAAUUACACAAUUUAAAUCUUCAGUAUUUUGGGUCAUAAAAAGAGACGGAUGACAGUUUUUCGCAAAAUGAAGUCUAAAUCCUUCAUAAUUUAACUUAAAAGGCUCCGAACGCAACAGUUUUCCUCGUCCCUAGAGGACGAACGGUACUGUGAAGGUAGAAAAUUGAGUGUGUUAAGCGAGUUUGGAAUUUUACAUGCUUUCCAAUCUUUUUAUACUUUUUGCUUCUAGUAAACAAUUAAAAAAAAAAAAUGAGACCACUCGUUGACUGCAGUCCAAAAGGGAUUUUGAGGGAAGAGCAAGUAGGAAACAACUUUUCAGUUACAAAUGGAAAAUGAGAGCACAAACCUAGCCGAAAGCUGUUUUUAUAUCAUCUUUGUUGGUGAUCUUGUCUUCGAUCAUUUUGAUCAGAGGGUAAACAGUAUAAGUGGAACUUUGAAGCACCAAAAUCUGAAUAUUGGAGUCAGGUGUAAAGGCUGUUUAAUUGGCAGUAACAGCUCAAACCAACAUUUUACCCAAACACGGAUCUCCCAUUUUUCCUUUUUAUAGACGUUAAUUUUUGAACAUUUCGGGAUUUACCAAAUAGGAUGAAGUGAGCAGGGUUAAUUGAUAGAGUAAGCAUUUCGUUUUCAGAGUCUACGCUGUGCAUCCCGAAAAGAGAAAUUCAGCAAUAUAUUCUUCAGUUCUUUCUAGAGGUGCCUCCCUGAGCCCUUAAUUAAAAUGUUUUUGCAGCGAAGACCUGAUAAACAUACCGCUAAUGCUUACGUGUAUUUUGAAGACCAAAGAACAGAUCUUUCCAUGGCUGCUUCUGGGUUGUGUUGCCUUGGCUUUUUGGCUGGGCGAUAAAGAGGAAAUUAACUGAAUGGUUUUGAAAUGUUUGGCAAACAAGAGGGGAGAGAAGCAAAGAGUGACUCGGAGUGAAAUUGCUUGCUCUGAGGUGCAAUCGCGAAUGCCAAAGGAGGCAGGGUCAGCUAGAGCCAGUUCCCUGAAAAUGCUCUGCAAGACACUAAAACCUGCGAUUGAGAGAGUUUGAGCUAAUCAAUGACCGGAACGUGGGGCUCUAUUCUCCCUCUUCCUGAAGCAAGGGAUCCCAGCAGCCCAAAGCUUGAAACAUUUGGAGUAGUUGACAAAGCCUCUACCAGAAAAUCUGGGCGUUUUCUAAAGUCCAGCCCAGAGCACACGGGAAAAGGAAAUAGGGUCCACUCCUUUUAAAGAAACCAUCCGGGCCUUGGUUCACUAACCUGGGCCAAUGCCAAAAAGCACAGUAAAAAUGUAGUCAGUAUUUAGAGCUCUAUCGCAAAUACAGAAUCUGGAUUUCUAAAGUGACUCCGUCAACGACACACUGCGAUGGGAAGUUACCGUGUUUUGGGGAAGAUGAGAGUAACAGCCGGUGAUUCAUAUUUGGUCUGGCCAAAAGAGGGUCCCCAAUAUUUUACCAUUUGAAAUACAGGCGGUGGUUCGUUAUUGCGUCGGCCCAGUUCCAUCCCCGCUAUCAUCCCAUGUGAAUGCUCCAAGCAAAAUCCCCAGCGAGCGAGCGCUAUUUCUAGAAUGACAUUUUCAGUGUGCAAAGAUCUUGACUUGUAGGUUGUCUCUUUGAAAACUAGCCGGCUGUGGGGAGAAAAGUGGAUUACCUACUGGGGACCCCUUUUUCAUGUGGGAUAUUGUAGCCUUCUGUAAGUUUAACUUUUUCGUAGCAAAAUUCAGAUGGAAAAGCGAGUAUUUGAUCUACGAGUAUAUUCUUUGCCAGCUGAAACCAUUUGGUAAACUUUAUGAAGUUUUAAAGUGAAACUUUGAAAAACGGAUACUAGCGGUACGACUUUCUAACGCACUGCAGUGUUGUUUCUCACAACCUGAUGUAAGCUCACUGUAAAUAAGAGACCUGAUUGUAAACAUUAAUAGCUGUUGUGUGAAAUAAACAUUUUUGUUAAAUUAA